AUGUUCCACUUGUUUUCUCACUGUUGGCGUUGGGUCCAGAUAAAGCAAGAACCAAUCAGGAGUGUGACUAUUCUUUUCUUGGGACUGGAAAGUGCAGGAAAAAGUUCAAUAAUCAAAGUUAUAAAAAAAGGUCCUCCAUCUCACAUGUCUUUAGCCAGUGAUCCAUUCAGAACUGAGCUUCGUUUUGACCAGUUUGAGCUCACUCUUCUUGAGCUUCCCAGUGGACAAAAGAUGAGGGCAAAUUGGAGGCUGUACUAUACUCAUGCACACGCUCUUGUCUUUGUACUGGAUGCUAGUGACCAUGGGCGCAUACAGGAGGCUGCAGGUGUCCUUUCUAGUGUCCUAAAACACUCUAGAGUGGCUGGGAAACCACUUUUAAUAUUGGCAAACAAACAGGACCGAGCCUCUGCACUCUUACCUAGUGAGAUAAUUGAGCUGCUGUCAUUAGAAAAACUAGUGAAUGAAAAUAAGACUCUUUGCAGAAUUGAGCCAUGUUCAGCAAGCACAGACUUUCAUUCCAGUCAUGACUGGGCCAUUAUUAAAAGUCUUCGUUGGAUUUUGAGAUCUGUGUCUGUCAGUUAUUCUACAUUGAGUGCUCGUAUAUUGCAAGACAGUGCAGAGCAGAAAGAAAGUAUUCACCACAGAACAUCUAUGAGGAUACAAAAUCACAGAGAUCUGUUGGGAUGGGACAUGCCUCAUGAUAGUGUCACAGAGCUUGUGGAAUACAAAUCAUUUCCAGGUGUCAAGAAAAGGCCUCUAAAACCUAUUCAAAACAUCUUGACACAGACUGGACACAGUCUGCACAGAAUGAACAAAAAAAGAAAAAGAAAGGUGAAAAUUACAGAAAUUGCACAAUCUCAGGUUUUGAAGGUAAAUCAUAAUAUGGAAGGUGAACUAAAAUCUGAAGCUAAAGCAUCACCAUCCAGUGGGGCUCAAUUUUGCCAUAGUUUGGGACACAGAGCUGUAAUCAUGCCAGAUACACAGGAUAAUCGACAAGCAGCUGGUGAAGGUCCCAAAAGAAGAAGGAAAAAGAAGAAGCCUGUUCCAAAAAAACAAAUAAAAUCUAUGGAAGUUGGAGCCCAUACUGGGGAUAUGGAAAACACAUUUGAUCUUUAUCGAAAAGCAAUGCAUGCUCUUAAGCUGAAACAAGAACAACAGAGAAACAGACCAUCUCGCGGAGACCAAGAAGCUAUUCCACUUCAAUAGGAGAAACAUUCCAUGGUGCAAGCAUAUCUGUUAAUCAGAAUAUUUUUUACAUUUCUUGAGAACCUUAAGAAAAAAAGAAAAUAAUCUGCACAGAAAAUCAUGACCUAUUCUCAUGUUAUUAACUGACCAUUAAGGUACUUUCUAGGAAUAUAUUAUUGGUGGACAAUCCCUAGGAUAGAUAAUAAAUAUCAGAUCAGUGUGGAUAUACAGUCAGGUCCAUGAAUAUUGGGAAAUCGACACAAUUCUAACA